UGAAUAUUAUAAUCAAAAGACCCGUUACACUCUAAUUCUUCAAGCGACGUCGUUUCAUCCCAGCACGGACAAUAAAUUCCAUAUAGCCGUUAACACUCUUGAUUUGAAUCAAAAUUCAAAACCCCUUUUUCUCACACCUCAACUCACACACUCACACACACCGUACAGAAAUUCCAAAUUCUCUCUCGUAAUCUCUCUGUUUUUUGCUCGAUCUCUGCAAUUCACGAUCUGAUUGAGGCUUUCGUUGGGAUCAGCACAAGAUGACAAUAAAGAGUGUCCCUGGUACGCCAGUUUCGAAAAUUGAACGGACACCGAUAUCAACACCAGGAGGGUCAAGAGUUCGGGAAGAGAAAAUUGUUGUAACGGUACGGUUGAGACCACUAAACAAACGGGAGCAAUUGGCUAAAGAUAACGUGUCAUGGGAAUGCAUUGAUGAUCAUUCUAUUGUAUAUAAACCACUCCCGCAUGAACGUGUAGUUCAACCAUCUUCAUUUACCUUUGAUAAAGUUUUUGGUCCCGAAGCAUUAACAGAAUCUGUAUAUGAGGAUGGUGUAAAGACGGUUGCAUUGUCUGCCUUAAUGGGCAUAAAUGCAACUAUAUUUGCGUACGGUCAAACAAGUAGUGGAAAAACUUAUACCAUGAGAGGAAUCACUGAAAAAGCAGUUAAUGAUAUCUACCAGCAUAUAAUGCAUAAUCCAGAUAGAGAAUUCAGAAUAAAAAUAUCAGGCCUAGAAAUCUACAACGAAAAUGUGCGGGACUUGUUGAAUUCUGAAAAUGGGCGCAAUCUAAAGCUUCGAGACGAUCCCGAGAAAGGAACAGUCGUAGAGAAGUUGGUGGAGGAAACAGCCACAGAUGAUCAACAUUUGCGAAAUUUGAUCAGCGUUUGUGAAGCUCAAAGACAAGUUGGUGAAACAGCUUUGAAUGAUACCAGUUCUCGAUCACACCAGAUAAUAAGACUGACGAUAGAAAGCACAGUCCGGGAUACUUCAGACUGCGUGAGGUCCUUUGUUUCAAGCCUGAACUUUGUAGAUUUAGCUGGAAGUGAAAGAGCAUCACAGACGAAUGCGGAUGGUGCUAGGCUCCGGGAAGGCUGCCAUAUCAACCUUAGCUUGAUGACUCUCACAACUGUGAUUAGAAAGCUGAGUGUUGGCAAGAGAAGUGGUCAUAUACCAUACAGGGACUCUAAGCUUACUCGUAUACUACAACACUCGUUAGGUGGCAAUGCCCGUACCGCCAUAAUUUGCACUUUGAGCCCCGCUUCUAGCCAUGUUGAACAGUCGAGAAAUACUCUCUUCUUUGCCACCCGAGCUAAGGAAGUAACCAAUAACGCCCAAAUUAACAUGGUUGUUUCAGACAAACAAUUGGUUAAACAUUUGCAGAAGGAAGUUUCCAGACUAGAAGCCGAGUUGCGUACUCCUGAUGCAUCUAAUGAUAAAGAUUUAAAAAUUCGUCAGAUGGAAAUGGAAAUUGAAGAACUGAAGAGACAAAGAGACCUUGCACAGUCACAGGCCGAGGAGCUGCGUCGUAAACUUGAAGAAGAACCAAAGGAAUUGAAGCCAAAAGCAUCACCGGCUCCAUUGGCUAAGAAGUGUCUGUCGUUCUCCGGAACAUUACCGUCAGUUCUUGAAGGAAGGGAACCGACUCGUUUUGAGAAAACAAGAAACACAGCAAUGAGACAAAGUAUGAGACAGUCGUCAACUGCUCCUUUCACACUAAUGCACGAAAUCAGGAAACUUGAACACCUUCAAGAACAGCUCGGAGAAGAAGCAAAUCGAGCCUUAGAAGUACUACAGAAAGAAGUCACUUGCCAUAGACAAGGAAAUCAAGAUGCAGCCGAGACCAUUGCGAAACUACAAGCAGAGAUCCGUGACAUGUGUGCAGUCCGGACGACGCAGAAAGAAGUCAACGUUGACCACAUGGUUGUUCCCGGGGUGGGAGUCAACAAAAGUGUCAGUGCGAAUCUCAAAGACGAAAUUAACCGAAUCCGCUCACAAGGAAGCAACAUCGCCACGUUAGAAGAACAGCUGGAGAACGUUCAGAAGUCGAUUGACAAACUCAUCAUGUCUCUUCCUAGCAACAACACCGAUCUGGUCAAAAGUCAGUCGAAGAAGAAGAAGUCGUCGAGUCCGUUGACUUCAAGCAAUGUGAUCAACAAACCGGGUUUUAUACGAUCUCCUUGCUCGCCUAUGUCUUCUACUCGGGAAGUGGAUGAGAAUAGAGCUCCCCAAGAAGAAGAACCCCUAGUGUCUGAAGAUAAAGAGAUGAAUAUAAAGGGUGAGGAAGGUGGUGAUGUGUCGUCAAAGGAAAAUACGCCACAUAGACGUUCAAGCUCUGUUAAUAUGAGGAAAAUGCAGAAGAUGUUUCAGAAUGCAGCCGAAGAGAACGUGAGAAGCAUCAGAACCUAUGUUACUGAGCUUAAAGAACGUGUAGCCAAGCUGCAAUACCAGAAACAUCUUCUUCUUUGUCAGGUGCUUGAGCUGGAAGCUAAUGAGCAAGCGGGAUAUGAUCUGGAAGCCGAUGACAAUACAGCAGACGUACCUGAAGUGUCCCCAGUUCCUUGGCAUAUAAGAUUUAGGGAACAAAGGCAGACGAUAAUAGAGCUGUGGGAUUCUUGUUUUGUAUCGAUUAUACAUAGAACUCAGUUCUAUAUGCUGUUUAAAGGAGACCCUGCUGAUGAAAUCUACAUGGAAGUUGAGCUCAGGAGACUCAAUUGGCUACAAGAACAUUUAGCUGAACAUGGCAACGCGACACCAGGCCGUGGUGCAGAGGAGCCAACAAUCUCCGUUACAUCAAGCCUUAGAUCACUGAAGCGGGAACGGGAGUUUCUAGCAAAGAGGCUAACAACACGUUUGACAACCGAAGAGAGAGAACUGCUAUACAUGAAAUGGGACGUUCCUCUCGAAGGAAAACAACGUAGGAUUCAGUUUGUAAGCAAACUGUGGACCAAUCCUCGUGACUCUGCACAUAUUCAAGAAAGUGCAGAGAUCGUUGCAAAGCUUGUGGGGUUCCGCGAAGGUGGGAACUUGUCGAAAGAAAUGUUUGAACUCAACUUCGUGCUUCCGACUGAUAAUCGACCUUGGAUUAUGGGAUGGAACCCGAUUUCGAACUUUCUGAAUAUGUGAGACAACAAUUCUUGUUUUGCAAAUAAAGAAAAUGAAACCUUGGAUUAUGGGAUGGAACCCGAUUUCAAACCUUCUGAAUUUGUGAGACAACAAUUCUUGUUUUGCAAAUAAAGAAAAUGGAAUUCUUUCUUUAUUCAUUUGUUUUUGUUGAAUCUUGGUGUCUCCAAGUUCAGGAAUGUGAAUCUUUCAGGAAUAACUGUUUAUUUUAAAUUAGUACUCCUUUAUUCUAUAUAUAAAAUAUAUGCUCAUUGUACA